UCGAGGGGGAUCUAUUUCUCUGCUGCACAUUUCCUGUUUCCCAGCAACCAGAACGGUAUGGGAAGGUGGAGAAAAGAGCACAGAAAUUAUAUUUUUGUGAAUGAGAAGGGCACUGACCGUGUUCAGAAUGUGUACCUCAAUUCCAGUGUCGCAACAGCAUUUGAUGCUUCCAUCCCCACCAUCACCUCAUUUUAUAUGAAAUAUAUGCCAUGCCUAUUAAAGGUUAAAGUACUUGGAAAAACUCUAUAACCAGAUUUUUUUUUUUUUUUUUUUGGAAUGGUACAUAUCAAUAAGCCUUUUUGCCAAUGGACAUGGAUGCUCUCCUGCAACCAGAAGAGGAACGCAAGUUUAAAUGUGAUGAAUGUGGACGUGCCUACAGGCAUGCUGGCAGCCUGUCUAAUCACAAAAAGACUCAUGAAGUAGGUUCUUUUCAGUGCAAUAUUUGUGGAAAAGAAAAUUCCAAUGCUCUGGCACUUAAGAACCACCUCCGGAGCCACACUUCACAGAAAAAGUAUCCUUGUUUGGAAUGUGGGAAAACUUUUUAUAGGCCAUCACAACUAGUUACACAUGAAAGAGUGCAUGAAUCAAGGCAACCAAAAGAACAGCCUCCCAUGGAAGUAGAUAUGGGGUUUGUCACACAUGAAGAUCAAAAUGGACACACAGAUUGUUUUCUCUCAUCUGGUAUUUCAACACUAAACAGCCUAUCUGAGAAUAUAACAGAUGUAGCUUGUAACACACAGACUGAGAGCAGUGACUUUGUGGAUGAACCCUUUAAAAGUGAUUUAAGCGACAACUCAUACACUGAUCAGGGAAGCCUGUCACAUCAUACAAAGACGCACCAAACUGAAAUGUUUGAGUGCUCUGUAUGUUUCAAACUGUUCAACGAUAUGGAUGCUCUUUUUAACCAUCAGAAAAGUCAUAAAUCUAAAGGUCCAGUGGAUUCUCUCUGUGGCCCCUACACCCUUGCAUCUUCAGACCAGUUUUCACCACAGAAUCAGGAUGUGCCAGUAAAUUUCUGCCACUUGUGUCAGAUAUUAUUCUCAAGUGAAGAGGAGUUUCAGGAUCACAUCCAAAUGCAUAAUUCUUCACUUUUAUUAAACCAGAAUGAAAGUACAUUUUAUGAAACUGCCACUUGUUUUUCUGAGUCCCCUUUUUAUCAUCCUCCUGUUAAACAUGACUCUCCUGCAUCUUCGCAGAGUCACAGUGGGUCAUUUGAUUUGCCCAAUGAGCAAAUGACAAAUGACAAUGGUCUUUUUUACCACUGUUCAGAUGUAGAAUCUUCACCUUUGAACAGUAUUCAAAUGCAACCUUCCACAAGUGUAACAAACCAUGCUACAGUUGUGUCCUCAGCUGUAGGUUCAGAGGAGCGGCCUUUUAAAUGUGACAUUUGCUUUAAAACUUACCGUCACUAUGGUAGCCUCGUCAACCACAAAAGGUCACACCAGGUUGGGGACUAUCAGUGCUCUAUCUGUGGAAAGAGCUGUCCACAUUUGGCAUCAUUCAAAAGUCACCUUCGCACACAUAAAGAAGCUUCUUCUCACUGUAGGAGGCAGCUUCAAACCAUGGAAGACCAACAAGAAACCUCAGAAGAUGGCACUGAUGUUGGUAUUGAACCCAGAGAUGAAUCUUUGUUAAAUGGAUACCUAAACGAGGACUGUGGUCAAACAUCGAAUUAUGGUGUAACUAAAUUGGAGAAAUAUGAUCAACAGCCAUGCAGUAUAAGUUGUAAUUCUAAUAACAAUGAUGAACAUCUCCAAGACAGUGCUGAAAAUCAAGGCAAUCAUAUUCAUUUUGAUGGAAUAAAUGGAAAUGACAUUGAAGAGAACAAUUUUCCCGAGCGUGUGAGUAUUGAUGAUGAUUCUUACGCAGCUGAUGAACAGGACGAAGAUGACCGUGACUUUUAUCAGUGCUCAUUUUGUGGAAACCGCUACAACAGCAUUGGGGCCCUCAGGAACCACAUGCGAGGCCACAUACAGUCACAGAGCAUUGCUACCAGUUCAGUCCCAACAUCGUCAACUAAACAAGUCAAAGAAGAAGAAUUGGGCAAUGUUGUAAUUUGCUGUUUAUGUGGAGAAAGUUUUUCAAAUAGUCAAGACCUUGUCAAUCAUCAGCUUCUACACAACACUGAUCAAGUAGACAAUGUUAAAACCUUAGAUAAUAAGUUUGAAGUGAAUGAUGAAGUGAAUGAGGAGAAGAAUCUCAUUUGUGGCAACUGCGGCAUCUUCUGUACCAGCUACAGUCAUCUUGAAAGCCAUGGAUGUAAUGUUGAUACUAAUCAGUCAGCAGCAGAGAAUGAAGAAGAAAUAAGGGAACCAAAUGAUAAUGCAGACACGAGUUUAGACAAAGAGGAGCGGCAGUUUAAGUGUGAACAUUGCGGCCGCUCGUAUAGACACUCUGGCUCCCUGCUGAACCACAAGAAGUCCCACAAAACAGGGCUGUUCCGCUGUCAUUUGUGCCAGAAGAACUUCUACAAUCUGCUGGCUCUGAAAACCCACCAGAGGUCCCACUUUGAUAUUAAAAGAUAUAGUUGUGGUGAGUGCGGAAAAGCCUACAAAACCCAGAAGCAACUGCUGAACCACAUGAGGAGACACAAAAAAGAAAAACUAUUUAAAUCUGAGGUACAGAACAGAACAGAACAGCAGAGCAGGUCUGAAGGAGAAGAGCUGCCCUUGAGUCCUAAUGCCAGUCAUGAUUCCCCCUCCGAGAAUAACAAAAAAGAGCUUCAAGAAUACGAAUCUCCAAUCAAAUCUGAGGACAACAGUGACAAGCGAUCCUUUGCCUGCGACCUGUGUGGUCGCACCUAUCGACAUGCAGGAAGUCUGGUCAACCACAAAAACUCCCACAAAACAGGUGAAUACUUGUGCUCCAUAUGUAACAACUCUUAUUCUAAUCAGCUCGCCUUGAAGAACCACUUGCGCAUCCACUUUGCAUUUAAAAGACAUUCUUGCCUGAAGUGUGGGAAAAGAUUGCGGUCAAGGAAGCAGCUUUUAGUCCAUGUUUGCACAAAUCUCAAGAGAGGUAGGAGAGGUAUUAGAUCCAAAUGUGCCAAAACGUCAGCGAGUGGUGGUCAAACUAUUGAACCGCCAACUAAAAAAGAAGCGCUCCACUUCUAUACAUGUAAUAUAUGCAAUCGCAGCUAUCAGCAUGCUGGCAGCCUCCUCAACCACAAAAACACCCAUAAGACUGGACAAUAUAACUGUACGUUCUGCUCCAAGCCUUUUUCAAACCUUUUGGCAUUGCGCAACCACACACGCAUCCACACACAGAAGAAGAAAUAUGCCUGUCUAACAUGUGGGAAGGCCUUUCGAGUGGCUAGUGUCUUGUACAACCAUCAGAAGAUCCACAGUCGCGGGGCCAGUCGCCUCAGUUGUCCUGACUGUGGAAGGGGCUUUAGGGGGCGAACCGGACUGCAGAGACACCAGUGCACCCAAGGUCAGCAGAGUGGCACAGCGGAGCAGCACUCAGACAGAGACAAGUGCUUCAAAUGUGACCUGUGUGGCCGCUCGUACCGCCACGCCGGCUCUCUCCUCAACCACAAGAAAACUCACUCAGAGAACCUCCACCACUGCUCCCUGUGCCUUCAGACAUUUCCCGAUUCACUCGCCCUACACGCACACUCCCAAAUCAACCGCCACAGCUGCCCUGAGUGCGGAAAGACCUUCUGCCUGCUGUCCCACAUGCAGAGCCACAUGGAGGUGCAUAGCAAAGACCAAAAGAUACACCAGAACAAUGUGGAAAACGACAUCUUGGGUGCCCCCGACCAAAACGUGUUAACAGAUGACCCAGCGCCUUUAACCCAGCAGAAAACAGACUCAGAAGAUAAGAUCCAUAUCUGUGAACACUGUGGUCGCACAUAUCGUCACGCAGGCUCUCUACUCAACCACAAAAACAGCCACAAAACUGGAUGUUUUCUUUGCUCCGUUUGCCACAAAGAGUUCACCAACCUCAUGGCUCUGAAAAACCACAGGCGCAUUCACACAGAGCCAAAGAGGUACCAGUGCCUAGAGUGUGGGAAGGCCUUUCGAGUGUCCAGUCAGCUCAUAUGCCACAGGAGGAUUCACACCAGGGAAAGACCAUUCGCAUGUUCAGUCUGUGAUAAGAGCUUCUCGAGUAAGUCCAACCUGAGACAUCACCAGAAGAGCCACCAGAACAGCAUGGACUCUAAUGAUUUUCUGGACCUGGAUAUCAAUGCAUAUAUUUGAGUAAAAACAGCAUAGGGAGUUGAGGGCUGUAUCAGUAAUUGUAAAGAACCUGACUGUAUAAUUAUAUAUUUUUACUAUAGACAACAGGGUUACCUCUUCAAGCUAAUAUCUCUUUAGUCUGUAUAGCUUCCAUUUUGAUUAUAGCCUGAAUAUAUUAGUGUCUACAUUUCUUACCUAUCCUGACACAUGACUCAUACACAUUUUUGUUACAAUGGUUCAAUUUUUUUUUUUUUUUAAGAAAGUAGGAUAUUUGGUUAUGCAGAAACUUGUUACAAUACCAGAUUUUAGUGUUGUCAGUUGGCUGUUAAAAUGUAAAUAAUAACAUCUUUAAACUUUAACAUGUUAUAAUUGAGUUCUGGGAAGUCUGUAGCUGCUUAUCUGCAUUUCUGAAUCCUUUUGUUUGCUUCGUUAUCAGUGGUCACUUCCUCUGGGCCUUCACAUGGGGCAGGCUUGUUAUUUUUAGUGAAAUACCUCUGGGUGUGUCCAAAUGUCAGUGACAAAACAAGAUAAAACACUUUAAAUGGUUUUGUACUGUAGAAAAAUCUAUAUAUGCAACUUUAUAUACUAGCCUCAAAUCAUAUCACCUCGUAUUUCUUAACACUUGUUUUUCUUAAAAAAUGACUGAUCUGUGAUAGCACGGAAACAGACCUGGCAUGUAAGCAUCUAUUCUGUAUAUACCAUUUUCUUAUUAAGUAUUGACUGAAUUUCCUGCUUGGCAUUAACAUUUUACUACGUGUGCCUAUAUUGCUUAUCAUUAAGAUACUGUGAUAAAAUGUAAAUCACUGUCAUUUUAAAAUAAACUGUUACUUGCCAUACAAUCUUCUGUUACUACAUA